AUGGGUUUUUGGCCGUUUGAUUCUUUUGGUCCUUGGAUGCUGUUGCUGUUGCUAGUGGCCCUUGCAUGCUCCAAAGCAUCUUCUGAUUUGAGUAAAUCCACAAAUUCCACCACACAGCUUGGACCUAAUGCUUGGUUUGCUGCUGCCAGCUCAGAGCCUGAUGAGAGGAUAUCUGUUUUUGAGCUGGACUAUGAUUAUGUGCAAAUUCCUUAUGAGGUCACCCUCUGGAUACUGCUAGCAUCUCUGGCAAAAAUAGGCUUCCAUCUCUACCGCAGACUGCCUGGCCUCAUGCCGGAAAGCUGCCUGCUCAUCCGUGGGGCGCUGGUGGGCGGCAUCAUCUUUGGCACAGACCACAAAUCCCCUCCAGUCAUGGAUUCCAGCAUCUAUUUCCUGUAUCUCCUUCCACCCAUGGUACUGGAGAGCGGCUACUUCAUGCCCACCAGGCCUUUCUUUGAGAACAUCGGCUCCAUCUUGUGGUGGGCAGGCCCAGGGGCCCUGAUCAACGCCUUCGGCAUUGGCCUCUCCCUCUACCUCGUCUGUCAGAUUAAGGCCUUUGGCCUCAGCGACGUCAACCUCCUGCACAACCUACUGUUUGGCAGCCUCAUCUCCUCCGUGGACCCCGUGGCCGUGCUGGCCGUGUUCGAGGAGGCGCGUGUGAAUGAGCAACUCUACAUGAUGAUCUUUGGGGAGACCCUUCUCAACGAUGGCAUUAGUGUGGUCUUAUACAAUAUAUUAAUUGCAUUCACAAAGAUGCAUAAAUUUGAAGACAUAGAACCUGUUGACAUUUUGGCUGGAUGUGCCCGAUUCAUUGUCGUGGGGUGUGGGGGAGUCUUUUUCGGCAUCAUUUUUGGAUUUAUUUCUGCAUUUAUCACACGUUUCACUCAGAAUAUCUCUGCCAUUGAACCACUGAUUGUCUUCAUGUUCAGCUAUUUGUCUUACUUGGUCGCUGAGACGCUCUACCUCUCUGGCAUCUUGGCGAUCACAGCCUGCGCCGUGACAAUGAAAAAGUACGUGGAAGAGAACGUGUCCCAGACUUCCUACACGACCAUCAAGUAUUUCAUGAAGAUGCUGAGCAGCGUCAGCGAGACCCUCAUCUUCAUCUUCAUGGGCGUGUCCACCGUUGGGAAGAACCACGAGUGGAACUGGGCCUUCAUCUGCUUCACGCUGGUCUUCUGCCAGAUCUGGCGGGCCAUCAGCGUGUUUGCUCUCUUCUAUGUCAGUAACAAGUUUCGGACUUUCCCCUUCUCCAUCAAGGACCAGUGCAUAAUUUUCUACAGUGGUGUUCGAGGAGCUGGAAGUUUUUCACUUGCAUUUUUGCUUCCUCUGUCUCUUUUUCCUAGGAAGAAACUGUUUGUCACAGCUACUCUAGUAGUUAUAUAUUUCACUGUGUUCAUUCAGGGAAUCACCAUUGGCCCUCUGGUCAGGUACCUGGAUGUUAGAAAGACCAAUAAAAAAGAGUCCAUCAAUGAAGAGCUGCAUACCCGUCUAAUGGAUCACUUGAAGGCUGGAAUUGAAGAUGUGUGUGGGCAAUGGAGCCACUACCAAGUACGAGACAAGUUUAAGAAGUUUGAUCACAGAUAUUUACGGAAAAUCCUAAUCCGAACAAAUGUACCCAAAUCAAGCAUUGUUUCUUUGUACAAGAAGCUGGAGAUGAAACAAGCUAUUGAAAUGGCUGAGACCGGGAUACUAAGUUCCACAGCUUUUUCUGUUCCCCAUCAGGCCCAGAGGAUACAAGGAGUGAAAAGGCUUUCCCCUGAAGACGUGGAGUCCAUGAGGGACAUUCUGACCCACAACAUGUACCAAGUUCGAAAAAGGACCCUGUCCUACAACAAAUACAACCUCAAACCCCAAACGAGUGAGAAGCAGGCUAAAGAGAUUCUGAUCCGCCGCCAGAACACCUUGAGGGAGAGUCUGAGGAAAGGCCACAGCCUGCCGUGGGGGAAGCCGACUGGCACCAAAAACAUCCGCUACCUCUCCUUUCCCUACAGCAAUCAACCACUGACAGCGAGAAGGGACACAAGGGCUGCCGAAUUCACAGACGCUGACAGCCGCCAUCCCGGAUUCCCACCUGUCACGUUCAGUGUACAGCCUCGGACCCGGUCACUUCAGGAAAGAAGACAGGUGCAAGAAGCCAUCCCCAUGAAGAGCUUCCACAGAGGAAGGGAGGCAUUGAGCUUUGAUGACCAAAGAACAGGCCAGAAAGAGCAUGGCGGUAGAGACAAGAGGGUGAUUUUAAAGCCCAAGCCACUGUUUCACACAGUGGACGAGGAGUAUGCAUCUGGAGAGCAGAGCGAGGAGGAGGCCUCUGCGAUUGGGCCCAGAUGGACAGCUGAACCAGAACACAGCAGGGAGCGCCACAAGUCCCACAGUCCUCUGCUCCAGAGAAAAAAAUGUUAA